GAGGCAAGGGGAGGCAGCAGCCCCCUACAGCAGGGGGGAGAUUACACCGGACUCAGGCCCCGCAGGGCGCAUGAAAGUCCGGCCGCAGCCGGGGCUAGGAGUCCGCACAGGAAAGAGGUGGGGCGCCGGCCGGGAAGCCCCCCAUGAGGGGGGUAAAUGUCCCUGCACAGCGGAGAGCUCCUCAGAGAGGGGUUCAGCCCGCCCGGGGCGUGAGGGCGCCACGCACAGGGGGAUGAAUUCCCGCCCCAGGGCGGCCUUUGCCUGCCGGGAGCGGGCAGGCGCUGCGGCCCGGAAGGCGGCUGCUGAGCACCGGGGAAGAGGGAGGGAGCGGGCAGGCGCGGCGGCCCGGAAGGCGGCUGCUGAGCACCGGGGAAGAGGGAGGGAGCGGGCGGAGUCGCAGUGACAGGCUCGGCUGGGACAUCAUGGCGACCCGGCGGCUGCUGCUCUCCCCUGUCUCCUGCCUGAGGCGGACUCAGGCCCUGGGCGCUCCGGCGGCCCCCGGGCUGCGGAGGGGCUACAGCAGCGACGACUCCUUCCAGUACCUGCACCGCAGCAUCGUACCCACCAUGCACUUUCAGAAGAGCCUGCCCAGGUUGCCAAUUCCCAAACUAGAAGAUACUGUUAGGAGGUAUCUGAAUGCCCAAAAGCCUCUCUUAGAUGAUGAUCAAUUCAGGAAAACUGAAGAACUUGGUCGCAGCUUUGAGCAUGGAAUUGGAAGAGAAUUGCAUGAGCAGCUGGUUGCUCAAGACAAGCAGAACAAACAUACUAGUUACAUCUCAGGUCCCUGGUUUGAUAUGUAUCUAAGUUCACGUGAAUCUGUUGUUUUGAAUUUUAACCCAUUUAUGUCUUUCAACCCUGACCCAAAAGCUGAAUAUAAUGAUCAGCUCACACGAGCAACUAACAUGACUGUUUCUGCUAUACGUUUUUUGAAGACCUUCAGGGCUGGCUGUCUAGAGCCAGAGGUUUUUCAUCUCAAUCCAGACAAAAGUGACACUCAAACCUUUAGGAGACUCAUUCGAUUUGUGCCUUCAUCUGUAUCAUGGUUUGGUGCCUACAUGGUCAAUGCAUACCCCUUAGAUAUGUCUCAGUACUUCCGGCUUUUCAAUUCCACACGAUUGCCUAAACUGAGUCGAGAUGAGCUUUUUACAGAUGAAAAAGCAAAGCACUUGCUGGUGCUCAGAAAUGGGAAUUUUUAUGUAUUUGAUGUCAUUGAUAGAGAUGGGAAUAUAGUGAAGCCUUCUGAAAUACAAGCACACCUGAAAUACAUACUUAGUGACAACAGUCCAGCCCCAGCCUUCCCUCUUGCAUAUUUGCCCAGUGAAAACCGAGAUUCAUGGGCACUACUGAGACAGAAGCUACUCGAUAAUGGCAAUGAGGAAGUCCUCCAAAAAGUGGAUUCUGCUGUCUUCUGUCUAUGUUUAGAUGACUUCCCCAUUAAAGACCUUGUGCACUUGUCUCACACCAUGUUGCAUGGAGAUGGUAUUAACCGCUGGUAUGAUAAAUCCUUUAACCUUAUCCUAACCAAAGAUGGCAAUGCGGCCAUUCAUUUUGAACAUUCCUGGGGAGAUGGUGUGGCUGUAUUAAGAUUUCAGAAUGAAGUGUUUAAAGACAGCACCCAGAGGCCAGCUGUCACCCCACAAUCUCAACCUGCUGCAGUUGACUCUUCCAGCGCUGUGCAGAAACUCAGCUUUAAGUUGAAUGAUGCCUUAAAAGCAGGAAUUACCAAAGCCAAACAGAAAUUUGAUGCCACUAUGGAAACCUUGACUCUUGACUGUAUUCAGUUUAAGAAAGGAGGCAAGGAGUUUUUAAAGCAGAAGAAAAUAAGUCCUGAUGCUGUGACUCAGCUUUCUUUCCAGAUGGCUUUCCUUCGGCAGUAUGGCCAGACUGUUGCCACAUAUGAGUCUUGCAGUACUGCAGCUUUCAAACACGGUCGCACAGAGACCAUCCGUCCUGUCUCCAUCUAUACAAAGAAGUGCACGGAAGCUUUUGUCAGGCAACCUUCCAAACACAGCACAGAGGAGCUUCAGCAGAUGAUUGCUGAGUGCUCUAAGUACCACGGCCAGUUGACAAAAGAAGCUGCUAUGGGUCAAGGAUUUGACCGGCAUUUGUUCAGUUUGCGUUAUUUGGCAGCAUCAAAAGGUAUCCCGUUACCUGACAUCUACCAGGACCAAGCCUAUGCUCAGCUGAAUCACAACAUUCUGUCCACAAGCACGUUGAACAGCCCAGCUGUGAAUAUGGGAGGAUUUGCUCCAGUGGUGCCGGAUGGCUUUGGUGUAGGCUAUGGAGUGCAUGAUGACUGGAUUGGCUGCAGUGCCUCCUCUUACCCAGCCAGGAAUGUACAUGAAUUCCUCCAGUGUGUGCAUAAGUCACUGGAAGAUAUUUUUCGUGUUUUAGAAGAGGCUGCUUUUCUUUCCCAAAUAUCUCUCUCCUACUGUGGAGAAGGAAUCACCAUCAGCCGCCAUUCUUAAUGACUAUUUCCUACCUCCUCUAGAACUCUCCAGACUUCUUGCAUGGCACCAUGAGUAUCUGUUGGAACCUUUCAGCCUAUUUGCCAAGGCAGGUGGCAGGGAUGUCUUAGUAUUUGCAGAUUUAAGAUGUCUCUGAAAUAAAGGUAUUGGGCUUGAGGUGGGAAAGGUUCAAGGAGCUUUCCAAUGGGGACAGCAGAAUUUCCUGCAGGGCAGCAGCAGCAGCAUCUGCUAGAUUUAUUCAAGAUCUUGUAACUCUAGAGUCACAUUAAUUUGUUGCGACACCCAAUGCAGCAGAAUUCAUACAAAAGACAUAAGAACCUUUGCUCUCCAGGAGUGCCCCCUCCCUUCAACUGCUGAGAUUCUUAACAGUACUUUCACUGGUCCUUGCUUUGGGGCUGUAUCUUUUGCAUUAGCUUCAGCAUCUCUAUUAAAAACACACUCAACCCCUCCAAAAAAAAAUAAAAUUUUUUUUGGCUGCUCUGAGAGGGAAAGUAUCUCUAUGCCUCAACCGUAUCCCCUGUCUAUUUUGAAAGCGUAAAAGAUAGUUCUCUUCCCUGUUGAAUAGCAGUGGUUCUUUUCUCUGCUGCCAGCUUUUCAAAAUAGCACUAAGUGUCCAUUUCACAGCUGUGUGAACAGUACCGAAACAUAACAUGGUGGCAGACAGUAUAUUCUAAGUGGAUGGUGCUAGGAUGUCACUGAUGAGAUUCAUAAGACCAGAAGUUUAGUUGCCUUCAGUUUUUCUUUGUGUAAUAUAGAUUCCCUCAGUUCUUUGCUUUAUCAAAAAGUGAUACAGCAUGAAUGCAACUAGUGAACACAAGAUACCAUAUCUUAUAUAUAAAAUGAAUCAGUUACCAGGGUGAAGCAACCCUAAAACACAGGUCUCUCCAGAUUCCUUUCCAUCAAUAUGUAGCAGGGCUUUUUAUCCCUCUACAGGCUGCUGCUAGAAGGUAGGAUACUACAUCAUGUGCUGCACUUACUUUGCUGUUGAGACUUUGGUGAAUGGUGAUUUCCUGGUGCUGAAGAGUACAUUUGGGCUUGGGGGAAAAAAAUCUUACAGAACAGAUAGGGAAAGACUAGGGGCUUUUAGGGGUGGGGGAAGGUAUUAAAUUCAAAACCUUUGGUAUACUUAGCUGUUUCCUUUUGAGCUGACAUCUUCAUUUAUUCAAGAAGGAAAAUAUUUGCUUACUGAGUGGGGUAAAAAAAAUGGAUUGUGUAAAGAUCAUUUGGUUUUCAGAAGAUAGUUAAUGUUUUUAGAUUAAAGUUUGUAUUUGUUUACAUUUAUGUAUAACUAAGUUAUCACUUAAAAUUUGAAAUACAAGUCAGUUAGCAGGAAAUGAUAACAGCAGGUUUACUUGAACUAGCAGGAA